UUCAUCACAUUCUUGGACGCGAUGCUGCAGUCGAUGAUAUUCUCGGCGCCCUUCCGGAAGCUAAUGGUGCCGGUGAUGAUCAAAUCGGUUCGCGUGGAUCCCAAAGUGAUGUUCGCCGCCAUCGCUCGCAACCGCUCUAAAGAGGAGAUGAAAGAGAAGGAGGCCGUCCAGGAGCAGGUCCGCGAGUGGCGGGACAUGAAUCUGGAUGAGGGCGAACAGGCCGGCUCUAUACUGGCCGAACUCGACCAGACCAACGAGAUAUUGGAUCAGCUGUACGAACGCUUCCACAUCUACAAGUCGGUGAUGCCCUUCUAUGUGGACUCAAACGCCAAACUACUGGUCACUCACGGCCUGGAAGUGGAGAAUGUGAUGGCGUUUCCCAUUCCCCGAAAAGUGGACAAUCAGGACCUCGGCCUCGACUCAUAUGAGUUUCUGCCCAACGAAGACCUGUGCGCUAUCGACCCGUGCGAUCGUCAAACGCUCAAUCAAUACUUGGAGUUAUGCAAAUCCAUGGCAUCUAUAAUCAAACGAAACGGUGCAGAAAAAAUUAAAUGCGAUUACAAUUACCGUAAUAUCGGCUCAGAUGUGAUCCAAGGCUACCGAAUGGCCAACAAUGAGAGUCACGUAAUGUUCAGAGCGUUGGACAAAAUAAUGCAGGCCGUGGCUCAGGAAGACCACAACAACAACAACACCCCCACCGCCAUAGCAGACAAUAACAUCGCUUAUAGAGUGUGGGCCGAUAUGCAGGACAGGCGAGAGUUUGAUCUCAACAAAGACCUCAUUCAUCAGAUCCAGCGAAACGAGCGACUCAUCCGAAGUCUCGUUGAUAUCGUCAAUGAGAAUCUGGUGCCGCAGAAGACGAUCAAAGUGUUGGAGAUAAACGCGAUGGGAGGCGCGCAGGUGUUGGCCCGGGAGGUGGAGAAGUAUGUGGCCGACUAUCACAUGUAUCCGAUUGAUGUCGAGUAUAAGCUGGCGGUGACCGCGAAGGAGGGCUGUCCGGAGUCGUUGGCCGACAGGACUGCGGUUUGGGACCCGAAAGAGUCGUCGUUUCCGUACGACGUGACGCCCGUCAACCUGAUUGUGAUUAGGGAUGCGCCCGAACUCUGGCCAUUAGAUUUGGAUCACUUUUGUCAAGAGUUGUCGGACGUGUUGGUCGCCGGCGCCGGCUUUCUAAUGGCCGUAUUUCGGCACAAGUAUACCGAACCCGAACUGGCGUUGAACUCAUUGAAUGGCAAACGCCUGCUCUCCGACACAGACCUCACCGCCCGUAUUGACGCGUUCGCCAAAAGCGCCGCCGACUGCGGUCUCGCACUCGUUGGCCGCAAGUGUGACACAAUCGCCACUACGGCUAUGUUGUGGCGCAAAGUGUUGCCCAACACCAGUGCCUCAGCGCCUAAGACAAUGGCCCUCAGCUCUCGCCGUAUCGGCGAUUGGUUUGAGCCGUUAAAAGAGGCGCUUUUGGCUGCCAAAGAGGUGGACGAGAAUGAGACGGACGCUAACGUUUGGCUUGUGGCCAACGAUGACUACACUAACGGCGCCAUCGGCUUCCGGAAGGGCGCCGAGAAUAUCAUCGACUGCAGCAUCGCGUCCAAGAAUGUGAUGAACAGUCCGUUCCACUCGCACUCACCCACCAGUUCGCUGAAGUUAUUGGUGCCGAUGCGGCGCAACCGGCGAAACAUCGGCCCGUAA